GAAACAGCAAGGAUUCUCAUUAGAGGUUGGGCAUCCUUGCGGGCGCCUAGUACUGAAAGCACAAGGGACUUCUCAUUUGCUGUCUGGAUAGGAACCCCGGAAAGUGCUUUACUCAAUCACUCCACUGGUCCAUCUACGUCUAUAUCGUCUACACUGACUGGAAGCAGUGUGCCAGAGAUGCAGAACCUGGGAUCUUUUGCAUGCAAAGCACACACACAGGUUUGGGGAACAUCGGCUGCCAUGCCAGUCCCUAAGAACCCCUAUAAGCUCAAGAUGGCCAACGGCGAUGCUGGUAGCAGUAGCGGGACACUGAUUCUGGAGAAAGAGACCCAAGGAACCAACCCCUUUGAGGAGGACCUUGAAGAGAAUGAGAGAGACUCUUUCCUUGGGAAUGACUCCCAUGAGAGCAGAAACCCUUCCCCAGAGGAUGUGAGUGAGUUUGAGCGGGGCCUUUUCAAUGGUAGCUCUGAAGGGCGCUAUCGGCGUCGAGCAACCCUGGAGAAGCUGGUGGGGUUGUCCCCCUUCCGGAUGGGCAAAGGCAAGAAGAGUGGAGACAAGAAGUCCCCAAAUGGGGGAGAGAAAGGGUCCAACAGGAGGUCCUUCCUGGGCCGUAUGAUGAUCCCCUUGACGGAGGGCAACCAGAGUCAAAGGACCCUUGAGAAGAGGAAGCCGCGGCGCUGCUCAGAGGACUUCAGCCUGCUCCAGCGCUUCAAUGGGCGCCGCAAGGAGAGCCUCUACAGUCUGGAUUGUGGCCUGGCUGAGAAAGAGAACGGCGGAGGCGACACCCUGAAGCGCAUGUCCUUCCUCAAGAUAGGGCUGGGUGGGAAAGUGCGCAGGGCUUCACUGGUGGAGAAGCUCAACCAGCCGGAGGCCGUGGAGCCGGCACCUGUCACUGAGGAGUCAGAAAUCAAGGUCAAGGAGCCGCUCUCUGUUCUGGAAAUCCUGAACCUGAUCCAGCAACGGGAUCUGCUGACAGCCGAUGAGCACAUCAUUGAACUUGAAGCCGAGUGUGAACUGGACGGGCAGCAGAGCCUGGAGAGCAGGGAGGUCCGGAAGGAUGGGAGCCGGAAGGCCAAGGACGUGGCUUUGCUCUAUGAAGCCCUGCAGAAGGAGCUCUGGGCCGUCCUGGCAGAGUCACUGGCCAGCAAGAGCACCUACCUGCCUCUGGAGCUCAUGGUACGGGUGAUAGAGCAAGAGGAGGACACAGACCGCAAGUGGCUGGAGGCCAAUGGAGACCAGCUGGGGGGAUCCGGGCCCAGGCCCAGGGCCAUGAAGAAGCAGUGGGUUGAGGCGGUGAACAAGCUGGUCAGCCAGAGAUUGUGCCAGUGUAUGGAAGGCAGGGCAGGCCCCAUUGCCACACAGAUGGACAGGUUGGCCAAGUGUGCGGUGGAAGACUUGUGCACCGUGAAGUUCCACCUCCUACAUGCCUAUCCCAAAGAGUACAAGGCCUUCAGCGUCUACCUGUGUAGCUACCAUCAAGGGCUAGCCCAGUGCUUGGCUGAGGUGGUCCAGAAGAGCUUGACCAUCUCUGAGCUAUACUUCAUCUUGGACUGGAACAGCAACAUCUACCAAAGAGAAGUUCUGGGCCGAGCAGAAAUCUCUUCACUGGUCAAAGCCCAAGAGCUUGGCCCACUGCUGUCCCCUGAGACCCAACUAAGUUUGGAAGAGGACUGUAUCGCAGCUGUGAAGGAGAAGAUCAUCGAGGACAUGAGCGAAGAACUACAGAAGGAGGAAGAGAGGUGGGCACAGGAAGACAUGAGGGACAAUUUCCAGUUUGGCCUGUCUGGCAAAGUCAUCUUGGUGCUAAAGGCUUAUUCAGACAAAGCCCCCCAGAUCACAGAAGACUUUGGGAUGAGGAUGGCCCACUGUUGCCUGACCAGCCUGGCAGAUUUCCUGCAGAGUUUGCAGAAGAAGGUUGAAAGGUUUCAUGAGGGGCAGGUUGAGACCACCCUCACUGCUGACAGCUACAUGGGACGGACCAUCAUGCUUGUCAACAACUGCCCACCCUUCAGGGACUAUGUUGAGCGCUUGGCAAGGUUUGGCCACCCUGAGAGCGAGGCAGCGAGGUGCCAGGCAAACGCCUCCCUCGACAGAGUGACUCGGCUCUGCAACAGAGUGCUGGCUGACCACCUUUUUCAAAACCUCAAGCCCUAUUUCCACAAACUGAUGAAAAGGAAAUGGCUCAGCAACUCAGAGGCCUUCUCUACCAUCAUGGCUCUCCUUACAGAGCAUGCCCAGAAGCUGAGGAGGAUGAAGCUAGACCCAUACCAGAUGCUGGUGAAGGAAGUGCACCGCCGGGUGCUCAUUGAAUACAUCCGCCCCCUGAUGCGAGUCCGGAUCAUCUGCACCUCAUCCAAGAUGAGAACCAAAAUGGCCAACAAGCUGCGGAGUGAAGCAAAACAACUGCAGGAAUUCUUCAUCCAGCUGGAAUCCUCCUCGUCCUGGCUGGACUCAGUUGUGCCACACCUGGCAGGGAUUAUCGAGCUGGAGGACACCCCUGCCAUCCAGAUGGAAGUGGGCUUCCUUGCAAGAGAAUUUCCUGACGUGCAGGAUGGGAGCCGAGGGAAAGAUGGACGGGUCGACCGUCAGGAAAUGCUUCACAGGAAGGCGGCACUGAUGUCAGGAGCAGCUGGGGCAGAUAUUGGAGCAGGAGGAAAGCAAGCAGGCGUCUGCGUCUGCGUUGACCCUUCAACACUCCCUUCUACCUGUGCAGGUUCUUGCCCUGAUGUAGCAACCAGAGAAUGAACACCAUUCAUCUUUCGCUUGCAGCUCCCUGUUUUUUCCGACUCCAAGAGGAAUUUUAUUUUCUUCGGGGUCUGGGAGAGAGAGACGAGUGAAGGCCUGUGCUAUUUUGUGUAUGUGCCGAAUAAGUGUUUAUUAAUUAACAAAAGUGGGCAAGCUGAGAAUGGAGCGGGGCAAACACCCAGCACUCGUCUUGGGCCUCCUGCAGUUGUUGUUAUUACUUAUUUAUUACAUUUAUAUACCGCCCCAUUGCCGAAGCUCUCUGGGCAGUUUACAGCAAUUAUGUGCCUUCAAGUCGAUUUUGACUUAUGGCAACCAGCGCAUGGCUCCCUCUUGCCCGGCACCUGCACUGACUCAGGCUUGUCUCCUCCUACGCUGGUGACAUCUCCCCUCUUUGCAUUCGGCCCCUGGGCAAUUACAUGUGGUCAAUAGCUGGGAGCCACCAGCCAUCAAUGCUUAUUGAAGCCAUCAGUGCCCGCUAAGGAAACAACUUCAGCUAUACAAAAGCCUAGACAGGGUCAUUUCUUCCCUCACAUGGCCAUUACAGCAUUUGUUUUUGAAGAACAGACCAAAUGGCGCCGUGCGCCAAGCCCCUCCCCUUCUAUGUACUCUGCUCCCCUCCCCCACCACAACAUACACUGCUUGCCCCUCACAACUAUCCCCCAAAGGGCAGCCUUUCAUCUGUCUGGCCUAGAGGAAAUUAAUUUCCAGCUAUCGACCGGGAGGGGACUGGGAUCUGCAGAGGAGGGAAGGAGAGUUAUGAGGGAUGAGUUGAAAAAUGGAAUUUAGCCCCCUCUGUCCUUGGCUCACCUGACAGCCAAAGGGACGCUUGGGGCUUCCUCCCGACCAAACCUCUCAUGCUGCCGUGGAUGUGUUUCAAAAUAGUGUGGGGUUGCUCCUGCUUCCUUGAUUUGUUCCUUCUUCCCAAUCAAAGUCGUAGCACCAGAGUGAAGAUGUUGGGGGGCGGGCGGAGUGCAGUAAGCGCAGCGGUUGAGUGACACCACAGCCCUGGGGCAGCUCCUGGUGCCUGCAAUCGUGAAGGCCAGGAGGCACCUUGCUUUGAAAUGUCUCCUGCCGGAAAGAGCACCUGGCUCCAAACAUACAUUCCCCUUUGGUGGCAGCGCUGAACCCUUCUUUCCCCAAAUGGCAGAAAGGCAAACUGAAUCUGGAUUAGCCACUAGCUGGGGACAGACAAAUUAAUCUGGAAUAAAUGUUCCAGUGCUGUGCAAACUCUGAUAAUCAGCUGGUUGUUUGCAAUGCAACGUAGCUUUGCAGUCAAUCAGAGGAUAAGAGCCGCUUGCUGGAUUUAUUUCGCCAAAGGGGGCUCCCAUCAUCCAGCAUCCUGUUCACACCGUAAUCAACCAGAUGCCUGAAUGGGAAGCCCGUAAGCAGGACCUGAGCCCAGCAGCACUCUCCCCACACAUGCCCACCAGCAACUGGCAUUCAGAGGCACACUGUCUCCAACAAGGGAAGCAUCUGCAACCCCAUUGCCCCCAGCACAGCCAUCUCUUUACAUGGCCUGCACCUGACACUGCACGGGACGCCAAGGUAUGGUCUCCCUUACCUGGCAACAGCUCUCCGAGGUUUGUCUGAAAAGGGUCCCUCCCAACCCUUACCUGGAAUUGCUGGAUAUUGAACCGAGGAGUUUGGUGUUCAAAGCAGGUUCUCUCUGCCACUAUGUUCUGAUACCUGCCCUUAAUCAACUAAAAAGCCUUGGUUUGGUUUGGUUUUGAGAACUCCUGCUAAGCAUGCAUUCACCUUGCUUAUUUAACCACAUCCCAGACUGAGUGACCCAAAUAGGGCAAGUCAGUCCAUGUUGCCAUGUGAUUGUGGGAACUAAUUGCAGAGGGGUAGUUCAAAUUUGCACUCUCUCUUUCCUGUUUGCAUGCUGUCUCAUUGCACAUGUUCAAGCCAUAAUAAAAAUAUUUUUAAAAAUUUAAAAUAUUAAAAGGGCACCAGUGUCCAUUUUUGCUACACACCCCUUCCCAAGUCCUUCUCCACAAAGUGCAAAUUCAGUCCCAGUCUUAGAAUCAUAAGAGUUGGAAGGUGCCUCAAAGGCCAUCUAGUCCAACCCCUGCAGACAAAGGAAACCCCUGCUACAGCAUCCUUGGCAGGUGGCCAACCAGCCUAUGCUUAAAAACCAAAAAGAGUCCACCACCUUCCGAGGCAGCCUCUGGAACAGCUUGUACUGUCAGGAAGUUUUUCCUAAUGUUUUGUCUAAAUUCUUUUUCUUGACAUUUGAACCCACUGCUUUGGGCUCUGCCCUCUGGAGCAACAAACAUCAAAUUUGCUCCACGUGCUUCUUUUUUAAAAAUUAAUUUGCAUUGGUAUAUGCAAAAUAAAUACAAAGGAACAAAAAAUAAGAUUAACAUACAAUGAACAGAGUCAACAAUGGUAAGGCCAAGUAUAAUAAAGGAAAGAAAGUAAAUAAAGUUUGUACUUCAGGUGAAAUCAUGGGGGGAGACUCCACUUGCUUCUUUGUGCGCGCUCUCAGAGGGAGGCAUGGAGAGUGGUGGCUCCCUAUUUGUGCAUGCCUUCCCCAGGGAAGCACACCUGGCCCCAUCACUGUCUGUUUCUAGGUACUAGGCAAAAACAUUUUUAUUUACUGGGGGUUUUAAUUGGGAGGAUUGUUGGAUAUGUCAGUGGCCUUUGCUGUGCUCACAUUUCAAGUCAGGUAGAUAGGACUUGUUCCUUUUAAAUAUAUUGUCAGACGAGUAUGUUCAUUUUUGCGUAUUGCUGUUUAUAAUCCGAUUUUAAUGUCUUUGUUAUUGCAUUUUAUUGUGUAAGCCACUUUGAGGCAUCUGAGUGCAAAAAUGAGGUUAAUAAAUAUAAUAAAGAAAUUGUAAGUCAUUGAUAUGCGACAAUCCUUCAAAUAUGGCGAUCCUAUUGCCUCUGAACGGUAUCGUCUCCAGGCUAAACAUACCCAGCUCCUUUAAGCUUUCCCUGCUAAGGUGUGGUCUCCAGGCCCUUCACCACCUGUGUUGCUCUCAUCCAAGGAGAUAGCCGUCUUAAACCACAGCACCCAUAUUCUUCACGAUGAGAAAUAAAAGCAAAUAAAUAAAAAGUCCACAGGUGCAAUCUCACAAGAAGUCCAUUUAAUUAAAUAAGCCGGCAGAGUGAAGGGGGGAGGGCAGCAGGAGCCAGACGCGUGUCCCUGUGGAGAGCUAGCUGGGUGACCCUCGACUUAGCCAACCUUCUGCAGAGGCAGGACAAAAUUCCAGGGAGGGAGCAGUCACAGCCAAACAACACACCAUGCAUGCCUCAGUGUCAAGCCACAUGCAGUGGCUCCGCACCAGACAGAAGAGAGUUCACUUGCAGUGCAAACAUGUGCCGUCCCAAAGCUAGCCUGCAGCGCCAGGACAAAUAUUUGUGUAUGGGAAAUGCUACGGGGAAAAAUAAUGAGAUAUGUAGAUUUUUGUAAGCCAGCUUAUAGCACUGUGCUUCAGAAGGAUGUAAGAACCUACAAAGAGCCUGGCUCAGUCCAAAGGGGACCCCUCUAGCCCAACAUCCUCUUCUCCACAAUGGCCAACCAGAUGCCCCAAUGGGAAGCCCACCAGCAGGACAAUCGGCCCGCCCUUUCCUGCAGCUCCUCAGCAACUUUAGUUGGAGGCAUUCUGCUUCUGAGGCUGGAUGUAGCAUACAGCAUUAUGACUAGUAGCCACUCAUAGCCAAUUAGCCAUUAUGUUUUGCAUACUGUUGGAAGGACACAGCCAAUGUGACUAGUAGCCAUUUAUAGCCUUCUCCUCCUCCAUGGGUUUGGGGUGGCUAGCACAUCUUGUGGAAACAAAUCCCAUUGAUUUAACUAUGCACUGUUAUGACUUCUGCAGAUUAUUCAAAUCCUAAACACUUUGGAAUCCAUCA